UUGAUGGCUCAUUUUUUAAAUCUUAGUCAGUCACAAUUUGAUUGCCAAAUGAUUAUCACUAAAUUUUAAUAUAAAUCUCAUAUAUAAUAAUGUACUCUGUGAUAUAAAUUUAAGGGAGCACCAAGUUCUGGGACUAAUUUGCGAUGAUAAGGGAUAAAGUUAAACGUGCGAAGGUGUAAGCAUAUAUAAAGUGUGAUAAUAAUAUACUUGCGUACGAGUAAAACGUAAACUUUUGACUGUAACAUGACUGUAACAGUUUAAUGUCAAGCAGGCAUGAAUGAAGCACGUUAAUUGUCAAAACUGUCAUGUCAAACUCAAAAUUGAGUCAGUUUGAUUUGCUUUUUGAGACGAUUAAAAUUGUUUUUAACCUAAUGUUAUAAUAUUAUGCAUGCUAAUAUAGUAAUUUAAAACAAUAAAAUGAGUGUCCAAAAAACGGGCGACAUCCGGCGUAAAGUCACCUCCGUCGGCAAUUCUUGGAUAGUCUGCAAUUCUAGAUCGCAUCCAGGACUUGUGUACUAUUUUAAUACUUUGACUGGAGAAGCUGUGUGGAAUUUGAGUAGUGCUGAGAUUGAAAAAGCAAAACAGAGAACAAAGGACCUGGAACAGCAAUCAGGAGCUAAACCUACAAAAUGUCCGGAACCCAUACAACCGCCAAGCUCCAAUCUCUUGAACAACACACCACCUGAGAUUCAAUACAUUAAUCCAUUUGUUGUUAAUCCCUCUAUUUCAUCACAAAACAUUGCACCUUUUGCUGGCACAAAUCAAAUUUUAGCCCAACAGAUUUCCCAAAUAAAUAAUCCUGCAGUAAAUGUUAUGAAUACCUUGGAACCCCUUAACUCUUCAAUAAGUACAGUUAAUGUUCAAACCACUUCCAUAUACAAUCCUAAAGUGUGGGCUGUUCCGCUUACACAGCAAGUUUAUAUAUCACCUCCAACUAAUGUCCUUGGUAACCAUGUAAAUGGUUCUGGAAUUGGGCCAUUUAACAAUUUUAACCAAGCUGUGACUCAACCUUUGAGUCUUAAUAAUUUUGGAUCAACAACUCAGCACUUUAAUGCUACAAGAAUAUCAAACCAUAUUUUUAGCAGGAACUAUAAUUAUAAAGUUCAGAGAGGGCAUCAAUUAAAUAAAAAUGACCAGUUUAAUAGCCAUCAGAGAGAUUUAAGACAAAAAAUAUUUGUUAAGAAUAGAAUGCAUAGUGUAUCAUCAGAUACUCGUUUUGGAAAUAAGAGAAACAUUGGCAAUGAUGUUGAUGAUACUGCUGAAGAAAAUGAAUUUAAUGAUCUAAAUACUAAUUGUGACUUUCCAGAAAAAAGAUCUGUAGAUACCCAAAUGCAUGAAGAACCAUCCAAGAUGGAUUUAAUUCCUUUAAGAACUCUGGCUCCUGCUUUUUCCAAAUGUGAAGCUUGGUUUAUUGUAACAGAUUUUGAUGUUCUGGUUACUGAAUAUAAAUUUAUAACAGCUUUGACAGAUUCUGACGAUGAGUGCCAUCUGAUGGUCCCGAGGCGUGUGAUAGCUCAACUCAAGGACUACGUAUCUACAUCAGCUGAUAUACAAGCUCGUCGCAUAUUACGGUUCUUGCCGCAACAGAUCGAGAUUGGAUAUGCUUUUAUGGGAGAAGAACCAUUGCACAAUGAAGAAGAUAGCAUUACAGAAGUAAUAAUAGCUACAUGUGUCUCAUUAGCUGAAAACAACUAUCAUGUGAUAUUAAUAUCCAACGAUUCUGAAUUACUGGCUUACCAAAACAGAAUUAAAGCUAACAUAUUUUCUGUAGAAGGGAUAAAGAAAUUACUUGGCAAAAAUGCUAGUCAUGUGUCAACUCCCAGAAAGCCAUUCGUGUUUGAAAAACUUAUAAAGAUAACGGUGCCAAAUGAUACUAGUAAUAUCAGUAGCGUGAGUAAUUCUGUUGAGGAAGUUCAACCAAACGAUCAAAAUGACGUAAUUAGCGACAUAGAACCAAUAAUAGAAGAAAUCAAAGAUGAAGUAGAAGAAAAGGAGGUUCCCAAACGGACAGUAGAUGCGGCCAUUCAAACUGAUUUCGAAACUGUCAAUGCUAGUAUGGUAGGAGAUGAAGAGAAAGCGAAAAAUCCAAUUCCAGCUCAGGACAUCAAAAAGACAACAGACCCCACAUUGACUGAAACAAAUGUUCUUAAAAGGAAGAUAAAGCUAAACCGAAGUGUUUCACAUCAAAACCCAGUGACUACUGCAGACAGCAAUGUCAAACAGUUCAAAUGGCGAAGGAGAAGAAACACUACACAAGUUAACACUGAAACGGCAAAAUCUCAUCAGACAACAAGCGCAGUACCUGAAAGUAUUAAAGAGAUAGAAAAAAAUACAUUAGGUACAGAUUUGAACAAACAAGCUGAGAAAUUAGUGAACAAUAGUCCAAAAGUCGCUCCCAAUCGUCCUUCAGAUGGCAGUAUUGAUAGUAAAGACUCGAGCAUAUGCAUCGAAAAGAACAAGAGAGAUAAUGUGACAAUUGAAGAAUCUUCAACCUCUGACAUUAUAUCGAAUACUGAAAGUAAUAUAGACUCUGCAAGUAAUUACAGCAACACUCCGCUAGUUGAUCAACAAAGGAUGGUACAAAAUGAUCAGUAUUACGAAUACCCCAUGUACGAAAUAGACAGUGAAAGUAUGGAAGAGUAUUUAAUAAGGAAGUGUGAUGAAUGGGUGUCAAGAUUUAUUCAAAUAAUGGAGGAGGUACUAACUCAGGUGUUGCAACAAGAGCCCCCGUUCUCUCAUAGGGCUAUGCCGCCUCCUUGGACUUUGCAUGAAGCAGCACAAUGUAUUGCGAUAAAAUUCAGAAGGGUUGAUGAUAUAAAGGAAAGAGCAAACAAAUUAUCUAGUAUUCUUUUUCAAAUUAGUGAUAGUAAAGGAAUCAUAAGCCUGGAAGUUAAACCAAGUGAAUACAUGCAGAUGUAUAGUUAUGGCGUACAUUUAAUCGACGCAUUAUCGAAGCAGAUACAAAGCUGUGAGGAUCUACAAAUUGCAGCGGAUUCGCUAAAAAAGCUUUUGGAGGAUAUUAAAAACCCUAAUAUGGAUGUCACUACCAAUGAUACUUUUAAUGAAAGUCUAACAAAAAAGUCUUCAUCAGAAACAUUCCAACAUAACGUAUCUUGUACUGAUGUAGACUGUGAGUUAAAUGAGAGGGCAAGCUUAUCCGAAAAAGAUGAAAAUGAUUUAUUAGAUGGCCAUGAAGAAGCGCAAACAAAUACGCCCCAGGUGAAUGCGUCGCCUGUGAAAUUUAUACGCAACAUUGAUUUAAAGGCAUCAUUCUUUUCAAAUUUGAAAUUACAAAAGGUUGAUGGUUUUAUGAACAACAGUAAGUCUCAGGAAGAAUCGCGAAAACAAAUCUCUGUAGACCCUAAAAUAAAGUAUAAAGGAACGAAGAACUUACAUAGUAUUAGUGAACCUUCAAAAAAUUCGGCAAACAUAAAUGCUGUAGAAAAUCAGCAAAAAGUUGUUAGAAACUUUACCUUAUGCGCGGAAUAUGAAGAGAAAUUUAAAAGUAAGAACAUACCGCUGUCGUUGGAAGACCACGAUGAUGAGUUAGAUUAUGAAGAAGAUUAUGAUGAUGGAGAAUACCUCAUAGAAGAACAUGAUGAUGCUAACAGUAAUAUGGCAGACAUGGAGGAUGUGUUAGAAAAAAAUGACUGUAGCAACCCUGAGAAACCUAAUACCGUCAACGACGAUUUAAAUGAAGAAAGCAGUAAAAAGUUUAAGUAUGUAACCUACAUGCUACUAAAAGAAAUUAGAAUUUCGGUUUAUCAAGUUAAAGUUUUCUGUAACCAGUGCUAUGAGGAAUUGCAGAAGCCAGAUCUGUCAAUGGUACAAAAACUUCAAAAACAGAAACAAGCUGAAACGGCACAUUUACAAAUGGAUAGAUUAUGUAAAUCAUUACAGAGUAUGGUUAACCAAGAGUAUGAUGAAGCUUAUGAAACAUUGAGUAAAAUAUUAAAGCAAGCUGGUGUUGACAUAAGCCACGUGGAUGAAAACUUGAUAUUUCAACAUAGAUCUGCCAUCUCAAAAAGUCUUGAAUAUGCAAAAACAUUUUUAAAUGCGAUUAGUGAUAUAAUAUGUGCUUUUAAAAGUUGAAUAUAACGUCUUAAUACUUCA